AUGGCUGAGAGCAUCCUGCUCAUUGCAGAGACGUUAAUAAAGCUGGUACUUAAGGAAGCCGCAUUUCUCCAUGGAGUGAAGAAAGAGGUGGAAUCUCUUGCAGAGAAACUCAAGGACAUUGGUUACACUUUGAGUAAGUUUGAUUUCAUGAUCGACAAAGAGGAAGAAUUCGAUGAUUGGAUCAAUGAUAUCAAAAUCGAGCUGGAGAAACUUCCAAACAGAAGCUCACUGAUCACGGUUCGGGGUCCAAAAGAUAUUCAAAGUCCAGAGGCUGGUGAAACUUCUAUCCAUCAUCAUCGGGAAGAAGACCAUCUGGCCUCAAGCAGAACUAACGAAGGUGAUGAUAUCGUCGGCUUUCAAGAGGAAGUAAACAGACUAGCGUUGUCAUUGACAGAGGAAGAAUCAGGAGCAAAGGUCGUUGCUGUCUCCAUUUGGGCUCAGGCUGGAGCAGGUAAGACUGCCCUUGCUCGAAAUAUUUACAAGAGAAGCGAUGUUAAGAGUCAGUUCGAUUGUGUUGCUUGGGUUUCUGUUUCCCCAGAUUAUGAGGUAAAAGAUAUUUGGAAAGCCAUACUAAAACAAGUUAAGAAGCUCUCGGAAGAAGAAAAGGAGGAGUUACAACUGAAGAAGGAUGUCGAGUUGUGGGAUAUAGUCCAUGACUAUUUAGAAGAAAAGAACUAUCUCAUUGUCUUGGACGAUCUAUGGAAGCGAACAGAUUGGGAGAUUAUAAGUAUGGCCUUUCCAAAGUCACACAAAAAGAAAUGCAGGGUUUUGCUCACAACUCGUAUCAAAGAAGUAGCCUAUGGUGCUAACCCAUUAACUGAUCCAGAAAACCUACGGGUUUUGAAUAAGGAGGAGAGUUUGGAGCUAUUCUUAAAGAAGGUAUUCCAAUGCUCCUCGGACACAAUACCAGAGGGAGGCCUACUAUCCGGAAAAAGAAAGGAUAUAGUUGUGUGGAGUGACGUGCUUGAAAAGGUCCAAUCAGAUCUUGCAAAAUCAAGAGUCUUCCGAAAGGUAUUUGCUCUGAGCUAUAAUGAAUUGCCAUAUCUCUCAAAACCAUGUUUCCUUUAUUUUGGCCUUUUCCCAGAGGAUAGAGUGAUCAAAUGUGACAAAUUGAUUCGGCUUUGGGUAGCGGAAGGGUUUUUUGAGCAGCAAGAGGAGGAUAACACAAUGGAAGAUAUGGGUAGAGACUGCCUUGAGGAUUUAAUCCAAAGAAGCAUGAUCCAAGUUGUUGAAUACAAAUCAAAUGGGGCUCCUCAAGCAUUACUCGUCGAAUUUCUCUACAUCCAUAUUGGUACAUCUUCUACUCCUUCCGAACCUGAAUCUUCAAAUUUGAGCCAUCCCCUUUUUUUGUUGCAGUCUUCCAGAAUAACUAGACCUUCCAUUGUUGAGGGAAAUGAUCCCGUGGGCAUUCAAGUGAAAGCAGAUCAACUGGCAUCGUUGUUGAUAAAGGAAGAAUCCCUGGAACGGCUUCAAGUCGUUUCCAUUGUGGGUACGGGGGGAAUAGGUAAGACAACCCUCGCACGAAAAGUUUAUAACAGAAAUGAUGUUAAAUCUCAUUUUGCUUGUCGUGCCUGGAUAAAUGUCUCCCAAGGGUAUGCGGUAAAAGAUCUUCUGCAGACUAUACUGCAACAAGUUACGACGCUCACGGAUGCAGAGUUAGUACCUGAGAAGGAGGAAGAGUUGCUAAGGAAGCUCCACAAUCAUUUGGAAAAACAACAGAGCUAUCUGAUCGUAUUGGACAAUGUAUGGAGGCAAGAAGAUUGGGAUGUCUUAGAAAGUGUCUUCCCAAAGCCACUCAAUAAUGACCAGAAAUGCAGAGUUUUGUUGACAACCCGUGAUUCAUAUCUAGCCCAUUAUAUCAAUCCAUCAGCUGUGCUUGAACUACAGCGUUUGGAUCAAAAGGAUGGUAUGAAUCUCUUCCUGCAGACGAUCUUCAAGUGCCGCUCACUGGAUGAAAUACCAGAAGCUGAUUUCUCCGUGGAGAUGAAAGCCAUGGCAUCGGAAUUCCUUAUGUUAAGUGGUGGACUCCCACUUUCAAUUGUUCUUCUAGGAGGCCUCUUAUCAGGGAAGGAUGUUGAUCAGUGGGCUUAUUUACUUGAAAGGUUCCUUCGUCAUGAACGAUAUAGGGUCAAUGAUUUAAUAGCUGAAUGUUAUGAAGAUUUGGAUAGUAAUUUGAAAAUUUCCUUCCUUUGUUUUAGACUUUUCCCAGAGGACACUGAGAUCAAGUGUGACACAUUGAUUCGAUUAUGGAGCAAUAAAGACAUGAUGGAAGAUGAGGCAGCCGCAAUAGAUUACCUGGAAGAGUUAAUCCGAAGGAACCUGAUUGAGGUCACAAAAAGGAGAUCGAAUGGCGGGGCUCCUGAAACAUGUCGCAUUCAUGGUCUUCUUCGAGAUUUUGUGUCACUUGGUGUUCGCCAUGGAAAUAUUUUCAGGAGGUUCGACAAUAAACAUUUGGAGUUGGCGGAAGGCAAUCCUAAAGAUGGUGAGCUCUAUGGGGGUAUUACACCUACUGCUUCUUAUUUCCAACCCCUCAAAACUUUUAGUUUGAUGGAUGAUCUCCUUUCCUUUUUGGAUCCUUUCAAAUUUCCAAACCAUAUCCACUCCUUGAUCUGUUUCUCCAAAACCCCUCAACUUCACUUUAAACAGUUCCAUUUGCUUAGAGUACUUGAUCUAGAAGGUGCAGGAAAUACCAUGGAAGUACCUAAUGAAAUUAGGAAUCUGAUCCUUCUCAGGUACUUGAGUUUACGCGGCACCCGUGUAAAAUUGAUUCCAUCUUGGAUAGCCAACCUACACAACUUACAGACACUGGAUGCACCUGGUUCCAAGAUUCCCAUUGACACAUUGAAACUAAAUCUUUUGAGGCAUCUUUUUGCUCAUUCCUUUUACUUUUCCACAACUCCAGCUGCUGCUGUUUCUUAUUCUUCUUCUUCUUCUGUGUCUGUGUGUGUUGAUGCUCUUGAACAUUUACAAACAUUGGAACUAGAUGAUAUAGGCGAUUGGGAAAUUAGUGGCCUCCACAACUUGACCAAUCUUAGAGUCCUAAGGUUAUGUAGUGGUGGUGGUGACGACACUGUGCUCAGGGCCAUAAUCUAUUUGAAGCGCCUGAAGGUCUUCAGCUUGACACAAGCAAAGACAUCAUCAUCAUCAUCUCUCAUGCAUCUGCCAUCAUUGUCGAGUCACUCCCAUCUCAAUGAAAUGGUUGUGGAGGUAAUAGUUACUAAAUUCAAUGACAUCCCACCACAUCUCACUUACUUGUGGUUGGAGAAUUAUAUUGAGUAUGGGGUGAACCCAUUCUUCUGUCUCCAAAACCUACAGUUUCUAAAGAAGCUUUGCUUGAGACUGUUCAAGGGUGAGUCCUACAUUGUUAGAAUGACUUGCUCCGAGGGAUGGUUUCCAAAACUCAACUAUCUAUAUAUUAGAGUUGAUUUCGAGCUUCGAAAUUGGACAGUGGAGGAAGGAGCAUUGCCUAAUUUGAGGGUUUUACAUCUCGAAGGAGAAGAAACUUUAGGAAGGCUUCCAAAUGGGCUGAGACAUAUCACAACCUUAAAGGAACUAAUCAUUACAAAGGGGUACGAUGUGAGAGAUAGCCUGGUAAGUCGUGGAAAAGAAUGGGAUGAAGUAAAACACUUGGGAGCCUCUAUCAAAUAUUUGGAUGAGAGCUCUAUGAGGCCUUGACAUGGAAACCACCUGUGGGGUUUUUGGUUAAUUACAUCUGAGGAGUAUUGCAUUGGAGAAACACUCUGUACAUGCAUGGAGGCAGACCGAUGAGGCCACAAAUGAUCGUCUUUAAAGGAUUCAAAUUGGUGAAGAUGAUGCACACAGUGGGUUACCUUCUCCUAUCAACUUCUCAUUCCUUCCAGCCUAAUUCCUCUCCUAGACCCUGUAAGUAACGGGAGUCUCGUGCACUAGAUUGUUUUUUUUUUUUUUUUUUUAGUCAUAUUUUUUGUGUACUUGUAUUUGGAUAUGAUCUGUUUAUUUUUCUUUUCUGCUUUCUUGUUGUCCUGGUUGUGUUUGGGAUCAUCGCCUUUGUUACAGAAUUUGUUAGUAUCUGCUGUUAUAGUAUUUUCUCUCUCUGAACUUCAAUUUAGUUUUUCUGUUAUUGGAGACCCUGUGUUUGCAAAUCACUCUCUAAUAUCUCGCUUGGGAUGGGAUUUUUUGUCAUUGGAUCCACAAGGACACAAAGCAUCUCUAAAAUAUUAAUGCAAAUGCAAGAGGCAUUAAUUAUGACGUGGCCAGAAUAAUAAAGUGAUAUCAGCUACUUAUGGUGUUUUG